AUUCCAAACUUUUAAACCAGAUCCAUUCAGAAGGCCACUGCGAGGUCACGGGAGAGACGUUAUACCCUCCAGCAUGAUGCAUCAGAGCUAAAAUAGAAGAACGGCAAUCCUCAGAGGAUCUCCAUGGGUUUGAACCCGAGGCCUGCAACCGUAACCACAACAUGGCUGCCGAUGCUGAUGUCACCGAGACGCAUUUUCAUCACGGUGGUAAAACCUGAGCCAGACCACUUUUUUUUAAAACGAGGCUUUAAAUUUAAACGUGGCUUUGAAACGAGUGUGUGAGCUCUCGUGCAUCAGUGACCGAGUGUACAGCUUCAGCUUCACAGCAGGAAAGUGAGUUCAUUUUAAAAUUAAUUUAUACAACAUGGCCGCCAUCGUGGCUGAAGAGGAUACGACGACGCAAGUUGCUCCGACGUGGAGCUUCCGCAAAGUGUCUUUGUUCCGGAAGCUGAGAGAACAUCUGACGUCACGAUCCAAAGUCUCCAUGGCGUCCCCCUGCUCCAGCGGACUCGAGGUUCUCCUCUCUACUCUGGAGAACGCUGGAGACAUUGAGAACAUGCUGAACGUCCUCAACGUGCUGGAUGAACUUCUCUCUGCAGGUACAGCCCGGCGUAUUAACUAUAUGAUCUCUAAAGGAGGAAGUGAAGCUCUUCUCUCAGCGCUGGUGAAAACGUCUCAGUGCUCGAGUCCAAACUUCACACUGCUGCUGUCCAUACUACACCUCCUCGCUAAGGUGGGACACAGAGACCGUAUGAUCGGGGUGAAAGCGGAGAAAGCCGGCGCCGUUUUACUGAUACUCAGUCUUUUACGGCAAAACUGGGAAAAUGUCAGGAGGGCGGUGGCGUGUCUGUGGGUCAUCACCACCUUCUGCUCCUCCAUUUCCACUGCCAUGCUGUUAGGUGAGAAUGGAGCUCUGGACGUUGUGUUUAAGCUGAUAACACCACCUGCUGCAAAACACACUCGCACAGUCAAGGCCGCUGUCCUCGCCUUCUCCGCUCUGUUAUCCUCAAAGGAUAAUGUCCGCCUGGCGGUGGGGAAAGGGUACAUCUCGGGCUUGUUGAGAGUUUAUGAAGACUGGCACACGCAGGAUUCGAGGAACGAGCAUGUCGCCGUACGCAGGGCGUUCCUCCACUGCCUGCACAGUGCCGCCAAAACCAGCGCCGGGAGACACGCCCUCGUUUCUGCGGGAGGAGUCGCUGUGCUGUAUAACACCACACAGGCGUGUUUGUUGACGAAGGACUCAGAGUCUCUGGUGGAAAGUGCAGUUCAGCUCAUGAGGAAAUGUCUCCCAAAACUUCCUCUACCUUUAAGUUCGGAUCGCAGCACCUACAGCUUCCUACUUCCUGGAAAAACUGAGGAGGCCUGGGAAUCUGACUCAGGAGCCAAUGAUGUAAACAAUGAAGAUGACAGUGAUGAUGAACAAGAAAUCGAACAGCCUGAAUGCCACGAUUUCGAGGAUGAUUUGGAGACGGAUGUGAAUAAGCUGAAGGCUCGGCCGGAUCCGGAUCGGCCAAAGGAGCAACUGGUUCAGUACGCACACUUCUGCCCUGAACUCCAUCACAACUUCCAGGAUCUGGACUCGGGCUCUGAGCGAGAUGCGAGCUCCGACGACAACGUCAAAGUCCAGAGUGGAAGAAAAUCCAAAACAUUGUCCGAUAACCGAUCGUCUCCGUCUUCACCCGGAGAGAAGCAAGAAGAGACGGAGCUGAAAGCCCGGGAUUUCCAUAGUCGCUUCCUGAACUGCUCGGGAAUUCAACAGGAAGCCCGUAACAGCAUGUUGGACAGACUUUUGGAGAAAUACGCCGCCUCAAUUCCCCAUCACGAUCCUCGGCUUUACAGCGGUGCGGCUGCUCACACUAAAUCCAUCGCCACGUUCUCCAUUUUGGCUUUUCCGGAUUUCUGGGGACAUCUUCCUCCGGCCGGGCUCCAGCGCAUGGCUCACAGGAAACCUCACAUCCAGAGAAAGAAAGUUUUUGAAGACAUCCAGCGCCUCCUCUGUCCUGAUGACGUCAUCAGUAAAGUCGUUUUUGAUAUUGAAGAGCCCAGUCCUCAUUGUUCCAACAAAGCUCCAGCAGACUCUCUUCGUUUCUUCUCCAAGUUUGAGAAUGGGAACUUAAGGAAAGCUGUUCACAUCCGCAGAUACGAGUAUGAUUUGAUCGUUAACGCCGAUGCGAACACGUCGGCUCAUCAGCAGUGGUUUUAUUUUGAGGUCAGUGGAAUGGCGGCGAACGUUCCGUACCGCUUCAAUGUCAUCAACUGUGAGAAAAGCAACAGCCAGUUCAACUACGGCAUGCAGCCCGUGUUGUAUUCAGUAAAAGAGGCACUUGAGGGAAGACCUCAGUGGGUUCGAACGGGAACUGAGAUCUGCUACUAUAGGAAUAAUUUCCGGCCGUGUGAGGGUCACGGAGGUCGCUGCUUUUACACUUUGACCUUCACCGUCACCUUUAGGCACGAGGACGAUGUGUGUUACCUGGCCUAUCAUUAUCCGUACACCUUCGCCACGCUGCAGUCUCACCUCCAGAUGCUGCAGCGCUCUCUCGACCCGCGGAAGAUUUUCUUCAGACAGCAGACGCUGUGUAACACUCUCGGGGGAAACGCCUGUCCUCUGAUCACCAUCACGGCCACGCCCACCUCACACACCUCUAAACACCUGCACCAGCUCCGGAACAGGCCGUGUGUGUUCCUGACAGCGAGGGUGCAUCCCGGUGAGUGUAACUCCAGCUGGGUGAUGAAGGGAACGCUGGAGUUCCUGUGCAGCGACGACGCCGUGGCCGAGAGUCUGAGAGAAACGUUCAUCUUCAAAAUCAUCCCCAUGCUGAACCCUGACGGAGUGAUACACGGCAACCACCGUUGCUCUCUCAGUGGUGAUGAUCUGAACCGUGAGUGGAUGAAGCCGAGUCUCGUCCUCAGUCCCACCGUCUAUCACGCGAAAGGACUGCUGUAUUACCUCUGCAGCAUCGGCAAAACACCACUGGUGUUCUGUGAUUAUCACGGUCACUCGAGGAAGAAGAACGUGUUUCUGUACGGUUGCAGUGUGAAGGAGACGCUGUGGCAGUCCGGCUCUCCCAUUAACACCGCUUCACUUAAAGAGGAUCCGGGAUACAGAACGAUCGCUAAAACUCUGGACCGAAUCGCUCCGGCGUUCUCCUUCAACAGCUGUAAUUUUUUGGUGGAGAAGUCGCGGGCGUCGACGGCACGCGUGGUGGUCUGGAGGGAGAUGGGUGUUUUACGCAGCUACACCAUGGAGAGCACCUACAACGGCUGCGAUCAGGGUAUCUACAAGGACCUGCAGACGGGGACGCGUGAGUUGGAGGAGACGGGGAUGAAGUUCUGUCAGAGUCUCCUCACUCUGAGGAAAAACUCCAUUAACUACAACAGCCGCCUCAUCGAGCAGGCAGCCGCCAUCUUAGACCUGGACAACGGCCUGAUGGACCACAAAUCCCACAACUGCUUCGAGGACGACGAGCCUCCAUGCGUGGAGGACAUCGAGUACUCGUCCUACGGCGAGAUCUACAGCGCCACCGAGCUGGACGAAGAGGUCGACGGAAACACGUCCAGCGCCGACGAGGACGAGGACGGGGAAGAUCGCGGCAGGAAAUCCCGGCACAGGAAGUCGGCUGUGUUCCCUCACGCCUGCCAUCAGGAUUCCUUAGAGACUCUGAGCCUGAAGAGCAGCAACAGCAACAGCAUCGACAUCAACAACACGUACCUGAGCUAGAGGAAAACGAGUUUAAUGAGAAUAUUUACGCGAUACGUUCCUGACCCGAGCUUUAACGAGGAAAAAAUAUCACCAGCUAACAAGCAACAGAAAUAUUACAUAUAUUCAUAUUAAUAUAGCUUAGUGAGGGUAAGUUAACUUCACUUACAAUAAUAGACUUCAGUAUAAAUAAGUAAAAAUAAGAAAGUAUCGUUACUUAAGUAGAACGUUCCUUGUUAUGCGAUAUCAGAUUUACAGUAUAGCUAAGU